CUGAAGCUCAGACUGAUCGAUGACUGAACGCGCGGACUGACUCCUUUCUCCGGGUCUGUUCAUCUGAACUGAACUGAGAUCAGCUCAGAGCUGAGUUUAGACCGCGGACCGAAACUCGAGCGGCUUCAUCUGCCUGUACAGCUAAUUAUAGCGCGCUCGCACAAACACACUGGACAUUAAAGUCCAACCAGUCCUAUAAUGACCUGGACACACUCACCUUCAGUAAACAGCGGCAGAGCUCAGAGAGAAACUUCGCUGGGUGCCUGACUGAUGUUCACUCUCAGCUGAGAAGUCCAGGCAGGAGCCGCGGGCUCAUGGGGACAGCAGCGGGAGCCGUUAGUGGAGAAGAGGAGAGAGUGGACUAGAGUGGAGGAGAGAGCUGUUCCCAGGUUGCAGGCAUGACGAUGGCUUCGUGGGAAGUGGAUUUGACUCGGUCCAAUGGUUCCACUCUCGGGACGGACCUGUCCAGCUCUCUGCUCAACCCGAGCAGCAGCUUCAGUGGGACCGAGGCCUUCCUGUGGCUGCUGCCUUCAGAGAACGGCUCCUGGGGUCCCACGCUGGCACCGGCAGGGUCGACCCGGGUUCGGGACCAGGCGCUGGCCCGGGCUGAGAUCGGGGUGCUGGGGCUGGUGCUGGCGCUCACCACGCUGGGCAACAGCUUUGUGCUGUGGGUGCUGCUGCGCAGGAGGAAACACCACGCGCCCAUGCACCUCUUCAUGAUCAACCUGUGCGUGGCUGAUCUGGUCGUGGCCUUCUUCCAGGUUCUGCCGCAGCUGCUGUGGGACAUCACCGAGCGUUUCCAGGGCCCUGACGCACUGUGCCGAUCUGUCAAAUACCUGCAGAUUGUGGGCAUGUUCGCCUCCUCAUACAUGAUCGUCGCUAUGACAGUAGACCGGCACUAUGCCAUCUGCUGCCCUUUGCAGGCAUACAGAGGCGGUGAAACCUCACGAUGGAAUACCCCCAUUAUGGUGGCCUGGGGGCUUGCCCUGGUACUCAGUUUACCACAGGUCUUCAUCUUCUCACGGUCAGAGGUAGCCCCAGGGGAGUUUGAGUGCUGGGGCCACUUUGCUGAGCCAUGGGGCCUCAAAGCCUACGUCACCUGGAUGACUGUGGCCGUCUUCAUCCUACCAGCCCUCAUCAUCACAAUCUGUCAGGUGCGCAUCUUCAGAGAGAUUCACGACAACAUCUACCUGAAGUCGGAGCGAAUGAUAACAGCAGAGUUUAAGCGGAACUCCGUGCUCUUUCAUUUCCCUCAGAGAGAAGGGCAUCGUGGGAGGGCUUGCAGUGCUAGAGACAGAGAUGGGCAGGGUAGUCACCAUCAUCAGAUGGACAGCGGCUACCACGGCCGACCUCGGGGCAGCCCCUUUCGUCCCCCAUUCUCCCCCACUGAGCAUCAGAACUCAUUUGACAGUUUCUCCUUUACCUGCGACCCCUGUGCUGUGCCUCUUCCCUCUUCAGAAGUGUCCACCUCUAGCACACCCCACCUACGGAACUUACAGGACUUCACUGCUGACCAAGCCCCUACCUCUCCUUCUAAUCCCUCUCACUCACAGCCAGUCAAUAGCAUCUGUGCCCGGUCCAGAGGCUCCUCCUCACUGGCUGGACAGCUCUCUGGAGCUCCUGACUUGUGGCCAGACGUGCUCCCAGACACAGCAGCCCUAGGCCUGCCUGCUCAGUAUCCUCCCCUUCCACCUCCCCCAGGCAUCUCCAAGGCCAUGUCCAAGACAGUGCGGAUGACUCUGGUCAUAGUGCUGGUCUACACCGUCUGCUGGUGUCCUUUCUUCAUCGUGCAGUUGUGGGCAGCCUGGGAUCCGAACCCACCAGAUCAAGGAGUAGCAUUUACCAUCCUGAUGCUGUUGGCCAGUCUGAACUCGUGCACAAACCCCUGGAUCUACACAGCCUUCUCCAGCAGUGUGUCACGGGAGCUGCUGGCUCUGUUGCGCUGCACCGUACCAUCACCACGCAGAGGCUCACUGCCCGAUGACUCCACCGCCACUCACACCUCCACCACCACCAAGGACAGCAUCUACUGACCGGCACACAGACCAUUCAAUACACGCACCUACACUCAAGCACACACACAGGAUCAACGUCACAUUCAAAUUCUUCACCCUUACCAAUAUGCUGAUUAUCACUGACACUCACACCCAAACACUGACCCUCACCAAGGCAUCUAGUCACACUGACCUUCAUCAAGACAUCCAAACAUACUGACCCUCACUAAGACAUCCAGUCACACUGACCCUCACCAAGACAUCCAAACACACUGACCCUCACCAAGACUUCUAGUCACACUGACCUUCACCAAGACAUCCAAACACACUGACCCACUAAGACAUCCAGUCACACUGACCCUCACCAAGACAUCUAGUCACACUGACCUUCACCAAGACAUCCAGUCACACUGACCCUUACCAAGACAUCCAAACACACUGACCCUCACCGAGACAUCCAAACACCCUGACCCUCACCAAGACAUCCAAACACACUGAAUCUCACAGAGACAUCCCAACACACUGGCCCUCACCAAGACAUCCAACCUCACUAACCCUUACCAAGAUAUCCCAACACACUGACCCUCACCAAGACAUCCCAACAUACUGAACCUCACCAAGACAUCCAAACACACUGACCCUUACCAAGAUAUCCGAACACACUCACCCUCACCAAGACAUCCCAACAUACUGAACCUCACCAAGACAUCCAAACACACUGACCCUCACCAAGACAUCCAAACUCACUAACCCUUACCAAGAUAUCCAAACACACUGACCCUCACCAAGACAUCCCAACAUACUGAGCCUCACCAAGACAUCCAAACACACUCACCCUCACCAAGACAUCCCAACAUACUGAGCCUCACCAAGACAUCCACACACACUGACCCUCACCAAGACAUCUA